AUGGCAAACUUCGACGAUCUCCCGCAGCGCAAGGUGCCCGCCGCCUCGCCGGCGCCGCCGCAGAACUUCAAAUACCCGCAGUUCCCAGACGGCAUCCCGCGCCCGCUCUCUCCGGGGGAGCUGCCGAGUAAAUACAAGCCGGCCGAGAGAAGGGUGAGGGUAAUGAUCAUUGCGCUGCCAAUUGCGAUUGUUACCAGCUGGGUGUUGUGGAAUCGACUGGUCAAAGGCGAGGAGCGGAAGGUUUUGGUCCGCCACCCUCCUACUCCGAGUCCUCCUACUCCUUCUGUGGACUCGGGUAAUACGGGGCCCACCACAGCAUAA